AAAGCCCAACCGUUAUAAACAAAUCUUAUCCUCAUUCUAGGGUUUCUUCUUCAAUCUCUUCUUUCUGCCUCCUCUCUGGUCUCCACUGCCGUCUUCGGAGAAAACUCAACAAUCUCUAAAAAUGGUGGCCGUUAAGAAAAUGAAGAAGACUCAUGAGAGUAUUAACAACAGACUUGCUCUUGUGAUGAAGAGUGGGAAAUACACUCUUGGUUACAAAACUGUUCUUAGAACUCUCAGAAGCUCCAAAUCAAAGCUUAUAAUCAUCUCAAACAAUUGUCCACCUUUGAGGAAAUCUGAGAUUGAGUACUAUGCUAUGCUUGCUAAAGUUGGAGUUCACCAUUUUAAUGGAAACAAUGUCGACUUGGGAACAGCUUGUGGACGAUACUACCGUGUUUCAUGCCUUAGUAUCAUUGAUCCAGGUGAUUCUGAUAUCAUCAAAACCCUUCCUGGUGACCAGUGAGUGAAGAAAGCUAGCUGAUCCAAUCAUUAGAUCCAGAAUUUUCUUUGUUUGGGUCGACUCUUUUUCUAUCUAGUUUGAGUUGAGUUAUCGUGAAAUUGAAUCAGGCUAUUUCAAAUUUGUAAGUCCGAAAGAACACAUUAAUACUGAAUGUUUUUUGGUAGCUGAAUCUGAAAGUAUGUUGAGACACUAUUGUUGCGUACUGCCCUUGCUCUAAAAAUGUGAUUGUCAUUUUUCUAGUCA